CGGGGAGGCUUCCCGGCUGCACCCUGCAGCGCGGGAAUCCCACCUAUCUGACUCCCCGCAGCGCCCGCUCCCGAGAUGUGCCUUCACCUGUUCCUGCUGCUUGCGUUGUGUCAGGCGGGCCACAUUGCCCGGGCGUGCAGCUACAGUUUGCGGGGAAGCUGGCAGAUCCGCAACGCAAACGGCUCGCUAGAGUUGCCCGGGACGGUCCCCGGCUGCGUGCACAGCGCCUUGUUCCAGCAGGGCCUCAUCCAGGAUCCUUACUACAGAUUUAAUGACCUUCACUACAGAUGGAUCUCUUUGGAUAACUGGACCUAUAGCAAGGAAUUUAAAAUACCCUUUAACCAUAGCAAAUGGCAAAAAGUAAAUCUGAUUUUUGAGGGGAUUGAUACAGUUACAAAAAUCCUGCUCAAUAAUGUCACUGUUGGGAAAACGGACAAUAUGUUCAGUAGAUAUAGCUUUGAUAUCACCACCAUGGUCAGAGAUGUGAACUUCAUUGAGCUGCGUUUCCAGUCAGCAGUGUUGUAUGCAGCCCAGCAGAGCGAAGCUCACACUGGCUACCAGGUGCCCCCAAACUGCCCUCCGCUUGUGCAGAAGGGCGAAUGCCACGUCAACUUUAUUCGGAAGGAGCAGUGUUCCUUUAGUUGGGACUGGGGGCCUUCCUUUCCUACCCAGGGAAUCUGGAAAGAUGUUAGAAUUGAAGCCUAUAAUAUUUGUCAUCUGAACUACUUCACAUUUUCCCCUAUAUAUGAUAACAGUGCCCAGGAGUGGAACAUUGAAAUAGAGUCUUCUUUUGAUGUUGUCAGCUCAAAGCCAGUUGGUGGUCAGGUGGUCGUAGCCAUCCCUAAAUUGCAAACACAGCAGACAUACAGCAUUGAACUUCAGCCUGGAGAAAGGAUUGUUGAACUACUUGUAAAAAUUAACAAGAAUAUUUCUGUGGAAAAUUGGUGGCCUCACGGACAUGGAAAUCAGGCUGGGUACAACAUGACAGUUCUUUUUAAACUGGACGAAGACCUGAAUAUUGAAAAAUCAGCUAAAGUUUAUUUUAGGACCGUGGAACUUAUAGAGGAGCCUAUAGAAGGGUCUUCAGGUCUGAGCUUCUACUUCAAAAUUAAUGGGUUUCCCAUAUUUCUGAAAGGCUCGAACUGGAUCCCAGCAGAUUCAUUCCAGGAUCGAGUCACCUCUGACUUGUUACGACUCCUUUUGCAGUCUGCUGUGGAUGCUAAUAUGAAUGCUCUCCGGGUUUGGGGAGGGGGAAUUUAUGAGCAGGAUGAAUUCUAUGAACUCUGUGAUCAACUGGGAAUAAUGAUAUGGCAGGAUUUUAUGUUUGCUUGUGCCCUUUAUCCAACUGAUCGGAGCUUCAUGGAUUCAGUGAGUGCAGAAGUUGCUUACCAGAUCAGGAGACUAAAAUCUCAUCCCUCUAUCAUCAUAUGGAGUGGCAAUAAUGAAAAUGAAGCAGCUCUGAUGACGAAUUGGUAUGACAUACCUCCCAGUGACUACCCAAUGUACAUCAAUGAUUACGUGAUGCUAUAUGUGAAAAACAUCAGAGAGGUCGUCCUGGCAGGAGACAGUACUCGUCCCUUUAUCACAUCCAGUCCUACAAAUGGGGUUGAAUCUAUUGCAGAAGGCUGGGUCUCUCACAACCCUUAUGACACGCAUUUUGGUGACGUACAUUAUUACAGCUAUAGCAGUGAUUGCUGGAAUUGGAAACUUUUCCCCAAAGCUCGAUUUGUGUCUGAAUACGGAUAUCAGUCUUGGCCUUCCUUCAAUACACUAGAAAAGGUCUCCUCUAAAGCGGACUGGUCUUUCAGGAGCAAAUUUUCACUUCAUCGACAACACCAUGCACGUGGUAACACUGAAAUGCUCUAUCAGGCUGAUCUUCAUUUCAAACUCCCCCAAAGUACAGAUCCAUUACAUGCUUUCAGAGAUACGAUCUACCUUACUCAGGUGACGCAGGCCCAGUGUGUCAAAAUAGAAACUGAGUUCUACCGGCGCAGUCGAAGCGAGAUAGUGAAUGGAGAAGGACACACCAUGGGGGCACUUUAUUGGCAGUUGAAUGACGUCUGGCAGGCACCUUCCUGGUCUUCUCUAGAGUAUGGAGGAAAGUGGAAAAUGCUUCAUUACUUUGCUCAGCAUUUCUUUGCUGCACUGUUGCCAGUGGGCUUUGAAGAUCACGAUGUGUUUUAUGUUUAUGGUGUGUCAGAUCUUCACUCGGAAUGCAGGGUGACGCUCACAGUGAGAGUCCACACGUGGAGUUCCUUGGAACCUUUGUGUUCUCACGUGACUGGACAUUUUGUGAUUAACUCAGGGGAGGCCAUUCUCAUCUAUAAAGAGCCAGUGCCUUCACUGCUGCGGAGAUGUUGGAAUUGUACUCGGCAAAGCUGUGUGGUUUCCUUUUACCUUUCAGCUGACAGCAAACCCUUGGGCCCAACCAACUAUCACUUCCUGUCCUCACCGAAGGAGGCUGUGGGGCUCCAAAAGGCACAUAUCACAGCCCUCAUCUCUCAGCAAGGUGACACAUUUGCUUUUGAUCUGGAAACCUCAGCUGUUGCUCCCUUUGUUUGGUUGGAUGUGGGGAGCAUCCCAGGGAGAUUUAGUGACAAUGGUUUCCUUAUGACUGAGAAGACACGAACUAUAUUAUUUUACCCUUGGGAACCCACCAGCAAGAGUAAAUUGGAACAAUCUUUUCAUGUGACUUCCCUGACCAAUAUUUACUGAGGGAAUCCUGGUUGUAUUUUCAGUGGACACUGGAAAUACAGUAUUUCUAAAGCACUGACUGGCAAUGCGGGCAACCAGAGAGAACUUGAAGAAGCCCAGAGAUGUGUCUGAUUGAUUAAUCACUCCAUGAUGAGUUUGCACAAUGAAUACUUUCAGGGAAGACUGUUCGCUCAGGUGAUGACCUCAAACAAGGCUGUGCCUAGGUGUUCUUGAACCUGAGCCAGGACUGUAUUUUUAGCCCUUUACCUCAGACCUUUAGCACCAAAUAAACCAAUUACAACCAGACGGCCUCUCCCUAUCCAGAAAAGGAAGUCCACACGCAUCACCCUCUGAGGGAGUCACAGGAAUGUUACCAUUGCAAUGUCUGUGGGACCAAAUGUAGAAGGUUUUGAAGUUCUAUAGGUCUCUCCUUGUUAGUUUUGUGGAAUAAUGAAUAAUCAAAAUGAAGCUGCUUUGUUAUUAUUUCCAGAGGAAAUAGAGAUCCAAAGGUUACAGUAUAGAGAGAUUUCUAGUGGCUGUCAUUGCUGGACAGUUUCAGAGGUUGAUUGUUGCUAUUUGAUUACUUUUUGGGUAGAAGAAUUCUUUUUUCAUUUGUGGGUUUUGUUAUAAAAUAGUGUUUGAACAAUUAUAACUUUUUUUUUUAAGGCUGCUUGAGUGAUCCUUCUUUGAAAAAUAAGCUUGCAUUGAAAUGGACGUCACUAUAAUCACUUUGGAGCCCUGGUGGUGUAGUGGUUAAGAGCUAUCUACGACUGCUAACCAAAAGGUUGGCAGUUCGAAUCCACCAGCCAUUCUUUGGAAACCCUAUGGGGCGGUUCUACUCUGUCCUAUAGGGUCGUUAUGAGUCAGAAUCGACUCGAUAGCAACAGAUAACGAUAAUGGUCACUUUGGAAUUUUGUGGGUUCCCUGACAUUGGUCUUCACCCAGGAUUGUGUGUGCACUUCAGAUUCGGCUAAAUCCAAUGAGCUUUCCAAUCUGAAGGGUAUGAAUUAGCUUUAGACUUGUUGACCCUGGCAGCAAAGUGGUGUUCCCUUUAUCUUGAGUUUAAAUAAUUUUACUUAUGUUGAUUAAUACAAGUUGCUAUAAAAAGUUCUUUUGUUACACAUUAUAACGUUUAUAAAACUACAUUAAUAAUAAAGCAAACGGGCAAAAUGUUAAUAAAUAGCCAAUUUGGCUAAAGGUGUAUAGAAAUUUUUAUAGAACUGUUUUUGUACUGCUCUUGUAACUUUUUUGUAAGUUUGAAAUUAUAUCAACAUUAAAAAGUUACUCAAAUUGCAUUGACAACUUCA